AAGGAAUAGAGUUUUCAAGUUUAAAUCGUUUCAAAUAGUGUCAGUCUGCUGUAAUAUCUGAAUGCUUCGAGUUCUGCAUUUUUCAUUCCUGUCGGUUCUCGAUUACUUAUUUCCUGUUUCAAGGUGCGUAGUUAUUGAUCCAGUUUAUUAGGACAACUAAUCGACAAUAUUUCCUUUUCUAUACUCAUUGAUUUGGGAGAUAUUAGAGCUGGUUUCAAUGUCGACACGUGUUGCUGUUUACGGUGGUCGUGGAGGACUUGGUUCAGUAAUAGUUGAUUAUUUCAAAAGUAAAAACUUUUGGGCAUUAAGCAUAGACGUUCUGAGGAAUGAAACGGCUGAUGCAAAUAUUGUGGUAAACAAGGACGCAUCGUGGACGGAACAGGAAGGCUUUAUUCUCAAAUCUAUCGGUGAAACACUGAAUGGUGAGCGUCUGGAUGCAAUAUUAUGUGUAGCAGGCGGUUGGGCUGGUGGUAGUGCCAACAGUGAGAAUAUGAUUAAAAAUUCGGAAAUUCUAUGGAAACAAAAUGUAUGGACAUCAACUAUAUCUGCUCGAAUUGCUGCGUUGUAUUUGAAAAAUGGUGGUCUUCUUCAAUUUACCGGUGCUGCAUCGGUGUUGAAAGAUACGUCAGCAAUGUUGGGCUAUGGUAUGGCAAAAGCCGCAGUACAUCAACUGACCAGAAGUCUUGCUGCCAAAAAAUCUGGGAUGCCUGAUAAAUCUACCGUUGUUGCUCUUUUGCCAACAAUGCUAGAUACUGCACAGAAUCGUAAAUGGAUGCCGAAAGCGAAUACUGAUUCAUGGACGUCACUUAAUUAUAUAGCAGAAUUACUGCAUGAAUGGACUUUAGAUCUUCCAUCACGACCUCCAAACGGUUCGCUGGUCGAAAUAAUUACACAAAACGGGCAGAAUGAAUUGAAGAUACACUGA